UUCUCCUGCUUCUCUCUUCGCCGGGGUUGCUUGGAAUUGGCGACUUGGUAAUCGUGCCCCCAGCCCCAGUGUGGAGCCGAUCGAGAGCACGCAGCUUCAGUGUGGUUUUCUCUGAGCAUGUGAUUGAUUUUCUUCUUCGAUCCGUAGCGGUGGUUUUAGGUGUCAUUUUGUCGCGUUGGAGGGGGGGGGAUCUCCAGGGACUCCUCAAGUGUUGCUGUAUCAGUGAACUCGAUCCUCGCCAUGGGAGUUGGUAGAGUAGAGUUUUGCUGUGUGGUUUCCGCCCUGCUGAUCUUCGCGCUUCAAUGUGCAUUCUAUGGUGUCCAAGGAGAGGUGCUGUCUGAAGCAACAUGCGAAGACUUAGGGUUUACUGGUCUAGCUCUGUGUACUGAUUGUGACUCUAUUGCUGAGUAUGUGAAAGACAAAGAGUUGGAGGCUGAUUGUCGAAAAUGCUGUGCAGAAGAAUCUGAGAACGCCUUUAGCAAGAUGAAGUAUGCUGGAGCAGUGUUGGAGAUUUGUUUGAGAAAGGUGAUGUUUUAUCCAAAUGUACAGACCUUCAUUGACGAUAAGUUGAUCGAAUUUCCUGAGGUGGACAUGCAAUACCGUUUUGGUGCACCGCCAAAGCUUAUUAUGAAGGACGAAAAGGGCAACCACAAGGAAUCUAUUCGGAUUGAUAACUGGAAGACGGAUCAGAUUGAGCAGUUUUUAAAGGAAAAGGUUGUAUCAAAGUCGAGCACAUAAGAAUAUGUAUUGCAAUUCUUCUUAUUUAUCAUGGAGGCAGACAACAAAUGAUCUCUUUAUAGCGUGUUCGUGGUCUGUCUUUGAUUGGGUAUUAAGGUGUAGCUUUCAAAUAGGCUUUUGCACAUUUUUUUUUUAAUCAGGUGUUCUUCAAAGUAAUGUAUGUCUGAUAAACAUUAUUUUUUACAAUCACAUUCUUAGGUCACUAAAUAUGAGAUUCUAUAGGGCAUAUAAUUUAUCUUGCAUUUGAAUCUU